AUGCAAGAGACCGUUAGGAACUCAAAUGAGAGAAAAUCUAUGUUUUGCUCAUUUCUCGAAAUCCUUGAAGCUCAAGAAAAACAAGCUGAUACUGAGCGACAAAUACAAGAGGAGAAAUAUCAAAGAAGAACCCAAGUAAUUUAUGAUUUUCAUGAUCGCCAGCAGUGUAAGGCGGCAGAGUUGCAGAGGUGCCUAGAGUUUGUGUCGCAGCAUGCACAGGUGCUGGAGACAGUAUUGCGUAGUGGUGGGGAUGACGGGGUACCAUUGUCAGCUGCCCUAGUGAGACAGGCUGCGGCAUUGCAGCGCUGCAUGACACAAUGUGUUGCUAAUGCUUCGCGAAUACGACAAUUGCUCGCCGCCACACACCGUCCUCAAAUGGACACCAUGCUUGCCAAGAUGGAGACCGAGUUGAGUGCGUGGACAGCAUUCCUCCAACGCGCCGUCGACGCCACCUACAGCUCUGAAGUCACCAUAGACAACCUCCACAAUUUGAUCGCGGAGCAGCGGCGCUGCGUGCGCGAGGUGUCUUCGAGCACGGUCUUCUCAUCCCUCUGCCGCGGGACGGAGGGGGCCGCGGAGGGAGAGGGCACCCCCCGCACGCCCUUCGCGGCCAGGCGUCCCUCGGCCAUGUGCAGCACUCCCAUCGCCCGCGACUAG